AGUUUCUCUCUCUCCAUUACCUUCUCCUCCUUCCUCUAUAUCUGUGUCACCCUCUCUUCACUUCUCUUCAUCAAAUGAAACCUUUCUUUCUCUCUCUCUCUCUCUCUCCAUUUCCAACGACAAACAAGACUUAACAACUCAAGAAAACGAAACCCAAUAAUCUCUCUCCCUCUCUCUCUCUCUCUUUCUUUCAUGAACAUGGAUUCUUCUUCUCACCACCAGAACUGGCUUGGUUUCUCUCUUUCUAAUCAACAUCACCAGCAUAUAAAUCCCUCUCAUCUCUGUCUUUUUGAAGCUUUUACCACCACCACCACCACUUCUUCUGCAGAUAGAGGUAGAGCACAAUCACAGGCACGAGGAGAAGAUGUUACAGCAACAGGAACAGACCUAUCAAUAUUUACUCCAACUGGACCAAAGCUCGAGGACUUUCUUGGCAGCUCCACCACUGCACCACCGCCACCGCCACCACAACCAUCACUGCAGAGUCAGUUUCUUGCUGAAACAGCAGCAGCAGCAGCAGCAGCAGCACCACCACCACCAUCUAUGACUACUGACUCUGAAACGUGUGAAAUAUACGAUUCUGAGCUUAAAAGCAUAGCCGCUUGUUUCCUUCGUGGGUUUUCAAAUUCUUCUUCUUCCUCCUCUUCUACUACUACUACUACUACUACUAAUAUUAAUCAAGAAAUAAAUAUCAUUACCCAAAAUCAACCAUUACUAGCUCAAGCAGCUGAAUCUGCACCAAGAAAAACUGUGGAUACCUUUGGCCAACGUACAUCAAUCUACAGAGGAGUCACUAGACAUAGGUGGACUGGUAGGUACGAAGCUCAUUUAUGGGAUAAUAGCUGCAGAAGGGAAGGCCAGAGUAGAAAAGGCAGACAAGUUUAUUUGGGUGGCUAUGAUAAAGAGGAGAAAGCAGCUAGAGCUUAUGAUCUUGCUGCUCUUAAGUAUUGGGGUCCAACCACUACCACAAAUUUUCCGAUUUCUAACUAUCAGAAGGAAAUAGAAGAGAUGAAACACAUGACUAGGCAAGAAUUUGUUGCUUCGCUAAGAAGGAAAAGCAGUGGUUUCUCUCGAGGAGCAUCCAUUUAUAGAGGCGUGACAAGGCAUCAUCAACACGGUCGAUGGCAAGCAAGAAUCGGAAGAGUUGCCGGCAAUAAAGAUCUUUAUCUUGGAACUUUCAGCACUCAAGAGGAAGCAGCAGAGGCUUAUGACAUUGCAGCUAUAAAAUUUAGAGGGCUAAAUGCUGUUACAAAUUUUGAUAUGAGUAGAUACGAUGUCAAAAGCAUAGCUAACAGCAAUCUUCCCAUCGGAGGAAUUUCCGGCAAGUCAAAGAAUUCAUCGGACUCAACUUCAGAAAGUAAAAGCAUGGACGGCUGCAAAUCAUCUGCCGACGACCGAGAUCACCUUUCCUCAGCAUCCUCAGUUACCUUUGUAUCUCCUACUGCAAACUCUCCGUUAGGGUUUACAAUGCCAGUCAAACAAGAUCCUUCUGAUUUCUGGUCAAACAUUCUCGGAUGCCGGAAUACUUCGAUUACAACAUCGGUGAGCAACAAUACCAAGAAUGAAACCGGUAAUAAUGUUACAUUUCAUUCAUUUUCAAACCCACUUUCUCAAGUGCAACCGAGUAUCGAUGUCGAUUUCAACGUGGGUUCUUCGGUCAACUGCGGUAACAACAACGGGAUAUUAUUGAAUGGCGGUGGUGGAUACUACGGUGGAGUCGGACUUAGUGGUGGCGGGGGCGGCGGCGGUAGUGGUGGGAGUAAUGUCUCAAGUACGAGUUCAAAUUUGAUCCCAUUCGCAGCACCGGUUGCUUUAAAUAGUAGUAGCAGUAACUACGAGGGGAGUUCUAAUUAUGGAGGAUGGAUUGCACAAUCUAUACAUAGUUUACAAUCUGCAAAGCCUAAUGUAUCAAUAUUUCAGACACCAAUUUUUGGAAUGGAAUGAGCUGUUUGUUUGUUCUCUGAAAAGAGGAGAUAGAGAAGAGAGAUUAUAGAUGAGAAUGAGAAUCUGUGGAAAAAUGGUGAAAGUUAAGGCGGUAAUGGAAAUUUUUUGUUGCAUGCCAGCAUGCAUGGACUUCAUAGAUUGGUUGGUCAAAAUUUUUUUUUACUAAAAAAGUAUUUUGACAGAAGCUGACCGUACUAACCGAGUUACUUUAAUUUCUUUUUCUUUUUUUUUAUUUUUUUUGUUUUCUUGUGGUCUUUGAUUCUCUUUUUUUGUUUUUCUUUUCCUUUUCUGCUUUUUAUUACUGACAUGAAUUUACUUGGGUAUAAAAUGAAAAUUGAAAAAGAAAUCCUUUUGUAA